AUGGCCAAGCCCAACCACAAGGGCCGCUGGUCCCACAUGGAUGCUGGCAAGGAUACCUCUGAUGACCAGCAAGACAUCCAGCGCGGGCGCGACAUGGUGGACAGCCUGUUCCAGGGAGGCCAGGCGAUUGGCGGCACUCACAACGCCAUCCUUUCCUCCGAGGAGUACCUGUCCACCGCCCAGCGCACUCUGGGCAACAUCGAGGACGGCUUCUACAUCUCCCCAGCCUUCCUAGACAAGCUGUCCAUCCACGUGGCCAAGAACUUCCUGGACCUGCCCAAGAUCAAGGUGCCCCUGAUCCUGGGAAUCUGGGGAGGCAAGGGCCAGGGUAAGACCUUCCAGUGCAACCUGGCCUUCAAGAAGCUGGGCAUCGCGCCCAUCGUCAUGUCGGCGGGUGAGCUGGAGAGCGGGAAUGCGGGUGAGCCCGCCAAGCUCAUCCGCCAGCGCUACCGCGAGGCUUCCGACACCAUCAAGAAGGGGAAAAUGUCCUCGCUCUUCAUCAACGAUCUGGACGCAGGUGCUGGACGUAUGGGCUCUGCCACGCAGUACACCGUGAACAACCAGAUGGUGAAUGCCACCCUCAUGAACAUCGCCGACAACCCCACCAAUGUGCAGCUCCCGGGUGUGUAUAAGCAGGAGGAGAUCCCCCGUGUGCCCGUUGUGUGCACGGGCAAUGACUUCUCCACCCUGUAUGCCCCCCUCAUCCGCGAUGGGCGCAUGGAGAAGUUUUACUGGGCCCCCACACGGGAGGACCGUGUUGGUGUGUGCAACGGCAUCUUCCAGCACGACGACGUCAAUCUGAAGGAGAUCGAGAAGCUGGUGGACGCCUUCCCCGGUCAGUCCAUCGACUUCUUUGGCGCCCUGCGCGCCCGUGUUUAUGACGACAAGGUCCGCGAGUGGAUCUCCGGCACCGGCAUCGAGGCCAUCGGCAAGCGGCUGGUGAACUCGCGCGAGGGCAAGGUGACGUUCGACAAGCCCAUGAUGACCCUGGACGUGCUGAUGAAGUAUGGCAAUGCGCUGGUGGGCGAGCAGGAGAAUGUGAAGCGUGUUCAGCUGGCGGAGAGCUACAUGUCAGGAGCUGCCCUGGCCGGCUCCACCGGCUCCUCCCACGCCGACCUGGCUCGGCCCCUGGAGCCUCUGAGCGACGCCGCGCUCCAGCUGCUGCAGUCCCAGGGCGCGGCGGCGUGCGACCAGGACCUGCGGGCGAUGCGGCACGACGAUGAGCUGGCGCUGCUGUCGGCGCGGCGCGGGCUGCAGGUCCGCUUCGUGGUGAAGGCGCUGCGCACCUACAUGCCGCUAUCGGAGAUGGUGGUGGAGGCGCCGGAGUUUGCCACGGUGGAGUACCUCAAGCGCCGCAUCUUCCGCGCCAAGCUGCAGCGAGGGGAGUACCUCCCUGCCUCCCGCUUCGUGCUGAGGAAGCGUGUGAUGGACGGCAGUCACGUGCUAGGCAUGGACAGCAUCCCGUCGCGGUCCAGCAGCGGCGACGAGGUCUUCCUCUUCAACGAAGGCUACAUGGCCCCCGGCAUGUUCGAGGUCUUCAUCCAGUCAGCACCCUCGAGUGGCGACAGGGAGCGGCAGGCCCGGAUGCCCGUUCUUGCCAGCCCGCAUGCAGCCCAGGACAUGCCCCUGCAUCUGGUGCACUUGGACAGCGAGGGCCAUGCCUCCUUCCGGCAGAUGCUUCAGAGCGUGGACCCGGGCAUGGGCUACCUGCCCGCCGGGGCACAGACCAUGGUGGAGCCCCGGCAAUCCCAGGAGGGAAUGGGCAUGGGCCUGAAUCUGCCCAUGGCCCACGGGUCUCUUCUCUUGAACCAGCAGUUCCUGGACCCCGCCUACAUCUCCGGGGAGGAACAGCCGGGAGCGCAGGCCGGCGGCAGCCAGGAGACCAGAUUCAGCGCUCGCAAUCGCCGCCAGACGGGGCGCUGGGGAGUGCGGGAGAUGGGGACGUCCUGGACCCAAAUACACACCGCGUACGUCCGCAGCGGUCGCAUCAACGAACGCCGCACUCAGAUGGACCUGAAGGACAAGUGGCGGAACCUGGUGCGGCUGGUGACGCACCCGGGCCGGCACUCCAGGGGCGCGGAGCUGUCCAAUGACCAGCGCCAGCUGAUCCUGGGCAUUGUCUUCAGGCCACCGGAUGCAGGGGGGGAUCCUCCGGCAUCCUCCCCAGGCAACUCAUCCAAUGCUGAGGGCGUGGUAGGACACGGGAAUGACAGCGAACAGCUCGGGGUGGAAGUGGAGGAACAGGGCGAGGAGCAUGGGUCGGGCGGCCAUGCCGCCAUGCAUAGCAGUCAGUAUGGCAUGGGUGACCUCUACCCGCCAGACACCAUUCAGGACUGA